AUGUAUUGCUGUAGUGUAUUAUAGCCUACACAAAUUCCAGAUCUUUCUGUUACCGUCCUUAGUUUUGUCUUGUCUUUCAGUGUGCGCACACCUUUUCUCUUAUAUUCUUCCCCUGCUAUUGUUUUCCAUUCUUCAUCUUUCUUUCUCCCUCUUCUAGACUUACUAAAAUGGCCUCUGAGACUCAACCACCUGAGUUAUCUUCUGCUAUUGAGAGGAUGUUAAGGCAUAGAGACCUCUCUUUGUUUUUGCCCUUCAUGUUGGGCUUUACUGGCACCACCAGCACCACCACCCAGAGUGAAAUUGACCACCCAAAUCAAGAAACGCCAGAGACACCCACCCCACAUGAAAGAAUCAUCCUUAUCAACCCUUUCACUCAAGGGAUGGUGGUGAUUGAAGGAGCUGCGAGCUUGGAUUCUCUUCUUAGAGACUUAGCUAGCAAGAAUGGUCAACCUCCUGCCUCAAAGGCAUCCAUAGAGGCCAUGCCUAGUGUGGAGAUUGCAGAAAUUGGAGAUCAGGAUGGUGAGUGUGCGAUCUGUUUAGAGGAGUGGGAGGUUGGUGGGUUGGCCAAGGAGAUGCCCUGUAAGCAUAGGUUUCAUCCUAAUUGUAUAGAGAAGUGGUUGGGGAUACAUGGGUCAUGCCCUGUUUGCAGGUAUAAGAUGCCUGUUGAUGAGGUGGAUUUAGGAAAGAAGAGAGAUGAUGGUGAUGAUGAUGAAGAAGGGAGAGAGAGAAGAAGGAGAUUUGAAAGAGAAAUUUGGGUCAGUUUUUCUCUCAAUAGGAGAAACGAGAACUCAAAUCAACCUUCAGUAACUGAUCCUAAUGAUGUCUCUUCCUCGAGUCCAGGACUUGAUCAGGAAAUGGAUGGUUAGAGUCGAAGAAAUUUUUGUAAGAAUAUUUUUUUUCUCUGUGUUUCGUUUCUAAUUAGCAUGUACAUAAAAGAUCAUUUACUUUUCAUCUUGGAUAAUAAAUAAAGUUGUUUGAUUUUUGUCCUUA